GCGAACACAGCGUAUAGUUUGGUCUUCUCAACUUGAUGGAGUCGUUUUCAUGCCGUGGGGGAAAUAAUGUUACACCAAACUGUCAGCUCUCUAAACUUGAGAUGGAAGGGAUGAUUUAGUUGACUCGCCUCUCAUGUUCUGUCAUAAUGCAACGACUAAACUGGACAGUUGGUGAUUAUUAAUUUGGAAAGGAUACUUUGGUGGCAGUGCUUGGAAUUUGGCGAUUAUUUCGUCAUUGCAAUACAACAAAAAUUGAUCUUAACUGUUGGUGUUUUUCCGUUGUACAUUCAUGACGAAUUUGUGGAAAUAGGACUAUUGUAAUAAAUGUCUUCCUCAUUGAACAGACAAAAUUAAAUGGAUGUUGAUUUUUUUUCUCUGAUGUAGCAUUUUUUUAAAUGAUGGAUACCAGGUCGUCAAAGUUAAUCAGCACUAUUUUGACAAAGGAACUCAUCAUACACCAGUUUUAUUACCCUGGGUUUUACGUGGUCAACAGCCUAGGCUGGCCUGUUUAUUAACAAAAAGCGUUUUUAUAAAAAGAAAUAUUGCUUAACUCUAAAUUGUCGACAUGACCUCUACGUGAGAACUGAAAAACUGCUCGGAUUUGCGCAAAUCUUUAUCCCCAUUCAAGUUGGUAAAUCAGAUCAUAUUUCCUCGCUUGAAUGUUGAAUUGCAUGCAUUGGCUUUGAUCUGUGUAGUGAGUGAUUUCAAGAUGAACAGUUUAUUUCAAUAAUAAUCACACCAAGCAUCAUGUCGGACACGAAUCUCGCUGAUUUAAUUUUUCGCUCUUAAAUGAUGUGGGGUCGACGGGAAAUAUUUUUCAGCCCAAUGGAUCAUAUAUAAGUCUUCAAAACCUCUCAACUGAAAAGGAAAUUUGAAUUGAUAUAAUUGAGUUACUGACAAGGAUUCGAUAGUUUGUUGCAGAGGAUGAAAUAACUGAUUUUAUUUUCAAAUGGUGCUUGGAAAGAAUUGAAAUUGCCUGAAUCCAUUACGAGUAUUGAGUACAACAAAGAAGCUCCAAAAUGAGGAAUUUUUGCUUUAUUCGUAGGAAACGGAAUCGCUUUGUCAUCUCGAUGCCUAAUUAUUUAUGGAUGCCUUUAAUAUUUACAUUCCUUUUUCUUAUGAUUGUGGCGGUUUACGACGACGAUGACGAUGAUAGACGCGAUAUUACAGUCAUUCAAAAUCGAGAAAUCCUUGAGGAAAAACAAGGAUUGAGAUCACGAGAGGAAGAGUUAUUGGAAAUGGCAGCGAAGCUGGAAAUGGAACUUUUACACCAUCAGGAGCGAAUUAAAGUAAGAUUAGAAACAAUGAAUGCAAGAAAGAAGGGCAUGGAUGGUGGACGUGAGCUGGACUCUCGGCAUCAUCACCACCACCACCAGCAUCUGCUUGACGAGGGAAGAGUGGAGGGCAAUGAGCACCGCCUCAAGCGCCGUUUGAUGGAUGCUCGGACCAGCCAUGGACCUGGUAGACACCAUGGACACAGCAAGAGCGGCAGCAGCGGUGCUAUAACUCGAGACGAUCAAACUAUACCUGAUGUCAAGGCCAGUAAAAGUAAUAAGACGAGAGCGAUUUCAAGAAAUACACCAAAAAGUAGAUCAAUGAAAAGGGCAGAUAUGCCAGAUGCCAUGGCGUUGCUUAGAACACCACACAACGAAAACAAGAAAAGGUCGUAUCAUGAUGAUGAUAAUAAAGAAAUAAUUUUUCAUCAGUCUGCUUCAACCCUAUCAAUGAGAAAACAUUUAGCACCAGGCCAUCACCACAAGUCUAAAAAAGCUAAAAAUGAGACCAAAGGAAGCCUAGACAAACACUUUGAAAAAUCGAGUGACUUGAAAAAUGUUCUAGGUUAUCAACAUGAUCAAUCUUGGGAUAAUUCACAAAAAAGAUUAUCAGUAUCCGAUUUAAUUUCUACCAACCCUGUUGCUGCGGCCACCACCCUCAACCAGCCGUCCAUCGAGGCGGAGACCAAUGCGGCUUUGAACUUGGACGAGCCGUACCUCGGAUGCGAGGACUUAGCCCAUAUAAAUAGCCGAGAGCUGGUAGGAUCAGGCUACACCAAACGGGUUGAGAGGGUGGAGCUGAGGGAUGGUAGAUGGGUGGCCGUUAAGUCGGUAUGGACGGAAGGCAAUGAUGUUACGGCUUGCUUGGAUAGGGGGAUGGCGAAACGAGACUGCAUCCAACUGGCCAACUACAAACUCCUGAAAGAGACUGCACUUCUUCACCAACUUCGCCACCCUAACAUUGUAAAGGUAAGAUCAAACGUUACACAUAUACCAUUUGAUGUAUGA